AUGACGACCCGGCUCGUCGCCCAGGCCGAGACCUGCAGCGCGGAGGAUGUCCUCGCCUUCCUCAACGGGCAGAACAACUUGCCUGCUGUUAAAGAAGCCUUUCUUGUCAAACUCUCUGCCGAAGACCACGCCGACCAGUUUGUCGUGCUAGAUCCUUCCCAGCCUGGCAGUCCGUCUACUGUCAUCAUUAGCGUCACGCGGAUCGCCCAGGAUGCCGGCGCCAAUUUCACCGCGGCAAAGCCUGACGCCGACGCCGACCGCGCCCCCGCCGGCUCUGACGCCGGUGCCGACCCCAUCUCGACCAGUCGCCCUAAGGUCACUUUCACGACCAAGCUUCCAGAUGUCGAGAGCCGCACGAUCGCAGAGAUCCAGGCAUCCAAGCCUACCAGUAACAACAUCCUUGGCCGGCGCGGUUGGCGCCUCGGUGUUUCUCUUAGCAGCAGCUGUUACGGCCAGAUCGCCAUUAGUACUACUGCACCAGGCGGCAGCAAUUCCAGCGGCCGCACUGGCUACUCAAACAUCCCGCCUAAUAUCGCCGACCGCACGCUCAGAGUCGAACGCAUGGUCGAGAUCAAGUCUGACAACAAGGACGAGCCCUCGACUUGGGAAUGGAAAGUUUUCCUUACCGUCGACGUCCGCGUGCUCGUCAAUCAAGGCACCCUGGCGUAUGUUUCCCCCACCUCUCAGCCUACCGUGAAGUCCGACAAUCCCAAGCUAACAUGA